GCGCUCGCGACGACCGGCGGCUAGUCGAGCGCGCGCAUCUCAAAAGAAAAAGAAUUUAUUUGAAUUUUGACGUUUUACUUUUUUAAUUUUGUACUUGAAUGUGGACUAAGGUCGAUACUAUUAAUUCAUCUUCUCUUAAUAACCAUAGACAAUAUAAUAUACAGAAAACUGAUGUAACUUUGUUAUUGUAUGUUAAUCAAGUUUUUGUUUACAUACAGACUGUAAUAAGUGCUUCUUAUUGUUACAAUUAUGGUGUGUUUUGUGAGCGUUCAAUUUUGUUAGAUUGUUAGGGAUUUUACAAUGAAGUGGUCAAAUAUUUUGUUAUUUUUGACGCCGGUGCUGGCCAAUGUGAGUGAAUUACCACAGAAUAUUACAAGUUCACCAUGCACAGACCAAAACCAUCUGUUUCUUGUGCCGGGGGUGCUGACGGCGGGAGGCACGAACAGGGCCUGUCUCUCCCGAUUCCACCCAGAGGGUUCAGCUCGAAUGCUACUCACGUUGCUGGUGAAAGGGGAAUCUGUGAGCGCGAUGCGACAGCUUAAUCCUGGUGAUGGUGGCUGCUUGGACAUAUCGGUGCCGCUACAACCAAAUUCAAAAGCAGAAUUAGUUGUGAAUAUAAGGUACCCAGAAGCCAGUUGCACCUGGGAGCGACGUGUACCACUCCGCAUAUCCAGUGGGAGGCUGCUCAUCAUCCACACAGAGCGUGCCAAGUAUAGACCUGGCGAUCUCGUGCGGUUCAGGCUGAUAGCUUUGAAAGCCGAUCUAACUCCCGCGCAUACUAAUAUAGACGAGAUCUGGUUAGAAGGACCCCGAGGGGCUUGGGAGGGCACAAGACUCGCGCAGUGGCCGCGGGUUCGGACCCGUUUUGGUAUCGCUCAACAACAAUAUCAGUUGGAUGAACUCGCUCCAGUCGGGAAAUGGACACUCAGAGCCAGGCUCGGAGAUGGAACUCAGGGUUCCGCGUUUUUCUCGGUGGCCAAUUACGAGGUACCGCCAUUUCAGUUGUCGGUACGGCACGCUCCACGAAUCUUAAGAACCAGUGAAAGGCUAGUUUGGACAGUAUGUGUGAGGUACCCGUGGUCAGAGGCCGUAGAAGGCAUGCUAGUGAUCCGGAUUCGGGGCGCGGGAUCCGCAGGCGGGAUCCGCACGGCGACGCGUCUGCGCGCCCGCGCGUGCCACCGGCACGCUGCGGCGGCGCGGCGUAUCGGCCUCAUGGGAGACGCGCCGCCUGAUGUUAUUAUUGCCGAUUUCUCAUUUCAGGAGGAAGGUACCAGGAUAUGGCAGAAUACGACAGUAGUAUCGCAAGUGGUAGACGAUCCCGUCACCCUGGAGUUUCUAACCAAACAAGGGACUGUCGUGUCUUCUGGCUUGCCGUAUAAAUUGAAGGUAAAAGCAACACGCUGGGACGACAAGCCAGCGUCCAACGAAACGGUCCGCAUUUGCAAGAGUCCUGCCAACUCUAUAGACACCAUACAUGUUGGCAACUCGUCCUGCAUCGACUCACUCACUGACGAGAAGGGCAUCGCUAGGGUCAUGUUCACAGCUGAUGGCAGUCCGUUUUACGUGUUCCGGGCAAGUACCAACAGCACCUCAGCCACAUUACAUCUCACAGUGGGGUCCGGUCGAGCGGCUCUGGGUCCACUGCGGGCCCCGACCCGUAGCAGGACACUCGUGCCCCUUUACGUUAAUAUACCAGAUGUUAGCAAACCACUCACUGUACAUUUUGUGGUAAUAACGCGCGGUGGUAUAAUCUAUCGCUGGGGAGCCACCACCCAGUGUCCCACCAGCACAGACCAAGUGCUAACUGCGUCUAGAGACUCCACUUGCCAAAGCAACAACAUUCGCCACCAACCUGGCAAAAUCACCAAGUUCUCUGAUUGGCCCAAUAUGGCCAACACUUCCUGGAAUAUAAAUUCCUCCAAUCCUGAACUUUGGGCCAAUAUGGGCAAGUUUGGAAGUUUCCAGAACUUCGCUCCAAAUGCCAGCAGCGAUGUUCUUGAUUCGUUGCUUGAUGGACAAUUGCUGAAGAUAAUGCUGCCAAUAAAAGUGACCCACCAGAUGUGCCCAGACAGUCAUUUGGUCGCGUAUUUCUACCAUGGUCAUGAGCUGAUUAGUGCCAGCAAGCAUUUUGAAAUGGAUGAAUGUUUUGUGAAUAAGGUGGAAUUAUCCUGGUCAACUCGGCAGGCGCUGCCCGGGUCAAUUGCCAACUUGCACAUAUCUACCCCGGGCCCAGCGCUCUGUGCCUUAUCAGUAAUAGACACCGCAUCUAAAUGGGUGCAGCCGGUAGAGAAUAUAAAGGAUUUAAUCUUGAGGAACUUGAGGAAGCUUAUGGAUAGCCACAGGAAUAUGACGGAGUAUGAUGCGGCGGGAGAGUGUUUCUUUUCGGAGGACAGCCCGAGCGCGGCGUCGCUCGCGGAGGCGUGGCUGGCGGGCGCGGGGGUGCGGCUGGCGGGCGGCGCGCGGGGGGCGCGGGGGGGCUGCGCGCCCGCCGCGCUCGUCGCGGGGGAGAACGCCUCGCGGAGCGACUUCUCGGAGGCAUGGCUAUGGCGUCUCGUAGCAGUCGGCGCCAAUGGCUCAGUGGUUGCGAGUGCUCGCACUCCAGACUCCAUCACCCGGUUCGAGGCGUCUGCACUUUGCCUCGCCAAAACCGGUGUUGCCGUAUCACAGCCAGCUGUGUUGCAAGUGUUCCGCGAGUUCUUCCUUCAUGCGGACGGGCCGCGUCGGCUGCGGCGCGGAGACGACGCGGUGGUGCGGUACCGCCUGUUCAACUACCUGUACCGCCCGCUUAGUGUGCACAUCGAAGCGCUCGCAGAGCCGCACCUGUCGGGGGCGGAGUCGCGGCGCGGCUGCGUGGCGGCGCGCGCGGCGCUGUCGGGGCGCCUGCAGCUGCGCGCGCGCCGCCCCGGCGCCGCGCGCCUCGCCCUGCGCGCCGCCGCCGCCGCCGCCGGGGGGGGCUGCGGCGCCACUGCCGAUGUGGAAGUCACUGAUGAAGUAAUAAUAGAAAUACAAGUGGACCCGGAGGGCGUGCCAGUGCAGGAACACAAGUCUAUCAUGCUAUGUGGUAGGGAUAGAGGCGUCGGUGGUUCUACGGAAUCCGAGGUGAAAUGGAAUUGGUCGAAAGCGGACAUCGUGCCGGGAACUGAAUCUGUGACCCUCUGGGCCGCGAGCGAUCUCACUGGACCCUUGCUGGCUGACGCGGACUCCCUUACGCAACUCCCUCGCGGUUGCGGCGAACAGAAUAUGGCGCGUCUCGCUACAAACCUGCUCGCGCUGUCGCUUCUGCACCCGGAUUCGUCUGCCGCAUAUAUAGCUAAGGAUCAUGUGGCUAGAGGGUUCGCUCGCCAGAUGCAGUACUCCCACCCGGGAGGCGGCUUCAGCGCGUUCGGCUCGUCCGACCCGCGGCCCUCCACCUGGCUCACAGCCUUCUGUGUGCGAUAUCUUAGAAGAGCUCAUCAGGUAAUAUCUCCCGGCGAGCUCGUACCGAGUGCGGUGGAACUGGCGGAAAGGUGGUUGCUCUCGCAGCAGAUGGAGAACGGCUGCUUCAGGAAUGAGGGACAGGUGUUUCAUAGAGAACUCAAGGGAGGCCUGAACGAAGACGGCGACAUAGCCAACGUGGCUCUCACAGCCUACGUCAUCACCUCCCUCAUAGAGUCCUCCGGCCCUCUCUCUUUCACAGUCAUUCAGAACUCUCUCUCCUGCCUCCGAGCCCUCCCGCCCAAAAAGGCGUCCAAAGCGUACACAUACAGCCUAGUGACGUAUGCGUAUUUAAGGAUAAGGAGAUACGAAAGAGAGCUGAGGGAGAGUAACGAGGCGGGAGAGAACUCGUUAGUGGAUGAGGAGAUGAAGGAGUUGAUUGGAUUGAUGAAGAUGGCCAAGCGGAAAGGGGAUCUGGUGUGGUGGGAGAGUGGCAGCCUGAGCGCGUCGGUAGAGGCGACGGGGUACGCGCUGCUGUCGCUGGGCGAGUGCGUGCGGGCGGGCGCGGGGCGCGCGGGGGGCGCGGGGGGCGCGGGGGGCGCCGCGUGCGCCGCGUGCGCGGGGGGCGCCGCCGCCUGGCUCGCCGCCCGCGCCAACCCGGCCGGCGGCUUCGUCUCCACUCAGGACACGCUAGUAGCCCUGGAAGGCCUCUCGCGCUGGUCUUCCGCGGUUCCAUCCUCGACCAACCUCACGCUCAUCAUCAGAAGCGGCGUCAUCACCAAAGCGCUCCACGUCUCGUCGUCGAGCAGGCUGCCGCAGGUGGUCAAACUGCCGGUGGGCGAUGUCAGUGUCAGCGCUGAUGGUACAGGGUGCUCCGUAAUCCAAGCGACGCGGCUCUAUAACUCACUCAGUGUGGACGAGAAGCGCGACAAGCUGCUCAAGGCGCAAGUGAGUGUGCUCACUGACGGGCCUUUCAACUGCGACGGGAACACCACCUGCUUCUGCGCAGCCGUUGUGGAGGUGUGUGUCCAAUGGAGCGAUCAGUUCCCGGAAAUGGCGCUACUCGAGGUGUCUUUGCCCGGGGGAUACGGGGCCGAUACCGCUCUGCUGUACAAGAUGCACCUCGACACGCGUACACUGGUCCGUCGCAUAGAAGUAUCAUCAAACAACGGUCGUGUGAUACUCUACCUCGGCGCACACGCAUCGCCGGACACUUCGCACGAAUGCUACAAGAUACACGCGGUUGGACCCAAAGUUCGGACCAAGCCGGCCUAUGCGAAGAUUGUAGAUUAUUAUCGACCUGACAUUAAUGAUAUACAGAUGUAUACAAUACCUGAAGAAUGCCCGCCGCGGAUCAGUCACGAAAAUAACGACUACAUCACAUCUGAUAAUAUAUUCAAUAAAGCAAAAUCCCUUAAUGGAGAUAUCAUUAUUACCCACGAUUUCUCCUUUGAAGAUAUCCCUGAAGGGAUCCCAUUAGAGGAUCCUCUGUACGAUAAUCUAACAGAGAGAAAGGAUAAAAUCAAUACUUCCGCACCUGAUACAAAUAAACCCGUUGAUUUUGAAAACGAAAUAAUAAGUGAUGAUGAAUUUAAAUAUACUAGAAAGGAUAGAACUAGAAAAAUUGAUACAAAUGAUGUCUAUGCCAUAGAAGACAAUGUUACUAAACCAGAUGAACAGCAAGAGCUUAAAAAGAGUCUUGAUACAGAAAAAGAACAAAAUGCGAUUAUUUAUAAGCACGAUGAAAAUAAACGUGACGCUGAAAUGGAAGACGUGAGUUUAGAAAUACCAAAAGAAAAAAAAGAUAAGAAAGCUACCAGUAUAAAUAAUGCAAUUAAAAUCAAUGAAACUAGUAAGAGAAACGAAGAAGAAAUUUUGCUUAACAAUGAAAAUAAAAACAAACAAGCAGACAUAAGCGCAAUGUACAUCGAUAAAGACGCACAAAAAGCAGAUUUACAAACGAAUACAGGAGAAAAAGAACGAGUAGCGACAGAUGCAUUUCCUAACUUCCACGUUAUAGACACCGAGAAGGAUCUAGAAGUACCGAGUGGUGUAGAGGGUCCAGUGCCGUCGUAUGUUCUGCCGCCCGAAAAUUUCGUUUUUCAAGGACGAUCAGGAGAACCUUAUUAUCAACGGCCGGAUAACAAACUGCAUGUAACGCCCAACAACGCAUAUUAUAUAAAUCCGUACUUUAAUCAAAAAUAUUAUAGCAGUAGAAAUAUAUAAUUUAAGUUAACGAAGACUGAAAUUUACUAAUAUUAUUGAAUAUUUAUUUAUUAUUUUAUAAGGAACAGCACAGGUUGGCUGUGAAUAAAUGUUGGUAAUCUGAAA